GAUACUGUUCUCAGCGUGAUUCCCUUUUUGAAGCUCUUUACUAGUUGAGUCCUUCCGGGCAUGACCAAGCUACUCCAAACAAGACAGUACCUUGUUGCUAGUCAAAUGUGGGCAUGACCAAGCUACUCCAAACAAGACAGUACCUGCUCCUAAUGAAACACAAACAUAGUUCAGGAAGCAGACGCUCCACGCUCCCAGCCGCCCCCGCCGGCCUUUCUCGGGCUCCUCGAGCGGCGACACCAGCCCCAUGGGCGGCAGCAGCCUGCCGGGCCCUGGCUUCGGGGAGCCCUCGGGUUGCCGUGUCCCCGGGCAGCAGCACGCCACCCGUUCCCGCUGCCGGGAUUCUGGCCGGGGAAACGGCUCGGCCGCACAGCGCUCCACGUCCCGACACGCUGCCCUCCCGCCUGCUCCUCUCGCUGGGGAACUGCAGGCGGGCAGCUGCUUUCUCUUGUACCGGAGAAGCACUCGCAGCCGUUCCCAGACCCUCGCGCACGCGGCCGUGCGGCAGGCUGCACCGCACGACCCGAAAAGCCCAGAUCGCAGCAGCUCCAGUCCCGCUACCCGUGCACAAGCACCCACCACUCGCAGCAAGGACCAACCCCGAGUGACACCGGCGAAGGGCGCAGCCCUGGGGCGGAGCUGCUGGCAGAGGCGGGGAGGAGGUGCCGCGGGCGGAGCAGAGCCGGGGCUGUCGGGGGCAGCGCUGCGCGGGCAGCGGAGCGGCGGGAUGUGGCAGUGCCGGGCCGCGGGGCUGGCGGGGCUGGUCGCGGUGCUCGUCGUGUAUGUGAGCAGAGCCCAAGUGCAGCAGGAGCCUUCGGCAGAGACCAGCGAGGGCACCGCCAUCAACAUCACCUGCUCGCACCCCAACAUACAGUCUUAUAAUUUAAUCAACUGGUACCGUCAGCUCCCGGGCCGAGGUCCCGCAUUCAUCGAGUUCAUUCAGCAAGGCUCCAAGGAGGUGCGGGACCCGGCAGGGCGGCUGCGGGUGUCGGCAGACCGCCGCUCCAGCGCCCUGUGGCUCACCCAGCCCAGGCUCGGGGACGCGGCGGUGUAUUACUGCGCCCUAGACGCACAGAGACAGGAGUUAGGGCUGCGGCCGGGCACAAACUGUGGCGGGCGGGGAGGGGCGGUGCCGGGCGGAGCGGUAGCACAGUCCCGUCCUGGCCCGCAGGGGGCGCUGCCGCUCCUCCCG